CAGCAGAUGACCUAUUAAUCGUAUUGUAUGUGUAUGUAGAUAAAAUCAGACACCUACAAAAAGGCCUCCCCCUCCUCCACUUUUCCUCGCCACACCCUUACUACUCUCUCUCUCUCUCUCUCUCUCUCUCUCUCUCUCUCCCUGUGGCCAGGAAAAUGGCUUCUUAUUUGUGGACUCUGCUACUGGGUUUCCUUUUCGUUGUCCCCGGAACUCUGGGAGCUGCUCCGAGGCAGCCCGUACACGUGCCAUUCGGUAGAAACUAUAUGCCGACUUGGGCUUUUGAUCACAUUAAGUACUUUAAUGGAGGCUCUGAGAUUCAGCUCCACCUCGACAAAUACACUGGUACUGGUUUCCAAUCCAAGGGUUCUUACCUGUUCGGGCACUUCAGUAUGCAAAUCAAGUUAGUUCCAGGGGAUUCUGCCGGAACUGUUACUGCCUUCUACCUAUCAUCUCAAAACUCGGAGCACGAUGAAAUAGACUUCGAGUUCUUGGGGAACAGGACGGGGCAGCCUUAUAUUUUACAGACAAAUGUCUUCACAGGAGGGAAGGGAGACAGAGAACAGAGGAUUUAUCUUUGGUUUGACCCAACCAAAUCCUACCACUCCUACUCCGUUCUCUGGAAUCUGUAUCAGAUUGUAUUCUUGGUGGACGAUGUGCCCAUUCGGGUGUUCAAGAACUGCAAGGAUUUGGGAGUGAAAUUCCCAUUCAACCAACCCAUGAAGAUAUACUCAAGCCUCUGGAACGCCGAUGACUGGGCGACCAGAGGUGGGCUGGAAAAGACAGACUGGUCCAAGGCACCGUUCAUAGCCACAUACAAGAGCUUCCACGUCGACGGCUGCGAGGCCUCUGUCCAGGCCAAGUUCUGCGACACCCAGGGGAAGAGAUGGUGGGACCAGAAGGAGUUCCAGGACCUGGACGGAUAUCAGUACAGACGCCUCAAGUGGGUUCGCAGCAAAUACACCAUUUACAACUAUUGCAAUGACAGAGUCAGAUUCCCUUCCCUCCCUCCAGAGUGCAAGCGCGACAGAGACAUAUAAUCAUCCCUCCUACUGCCCUACUCUACUACUACCAUUUAUUUAUUUUUAACAUAUGAAUUAAUGUCGUGAUUUUUCUUUUAUCUUAACAUUUUUACGAGAUUUCUUAUGUUUAUCACUUUGAUAGAUAUUGAUUUAUGAUGGGGAGUGCUGGCUUUAUCUAUCU